CAUCGUGUGUACCACAUAAGACUAGACGAGUCGCGACACUUGAUUCUGGGCGCUACGAAAUCUCAGCCGCUGAGGAUUCCACCAAUCUCCGGCCUCCGCCGUCCACCGCCGUGUGAGGCACGGAGUCCGAACUACAAGAUUUCCUUCCGUUGAUCGAUCGGAGUUGUUUUUGUUUUCUUUGCGGAAGGAUACACGGGGAAAAGAUGGAUCUUUCUGUCGUUCAAGGUUUUUCGAAGUCCCUAGCAAUGACGAUUUUGUCCGAGAUCGGGGACAAGACUUUUUUUGCGGCUGCAAUACUAGCAAUGCGCCACCCGAGAAGGCUUGUGUUGUCAGGUUGCCUUGGAGCUUUGAUUGUUAUGACUAUAUUAUCAGCUGUUGUGGGCUGGGCUGCUCCGAAUCUGAUUCCACGUAAGUGGACUCACCAUAUCACAACACUACUGUUUCUGGGAUUCGGCUUGUGGUCCCUGUGGGAUGCAUUCAAUGAGGGUGAGAGUGAAGAGUUUGCUGAAGUUGAAAAAGAAUUGAAUGCCGAUAUAAAAGCUAAUGGUGGGCAAACCAGAGAAAAUAAUAAGGAUGCUGAUGAUAAGAAAAAGCAAAGUCGACCCUUUCUUACUCAAUUCUUUUCCCCCAUCUUGCUGAAGGCAUUCUCCAUUACUUUCUUUGGGGAGUGGGGUGAUAAGAGUCAGCUUGCCACGAUUGGUUUGGCUGCUGAUGAGAAUCCUUUGGGUGUUGUUCUUGGUGGAAUCAUCGGACAAGCUUUGUGCACUACUGCUGCUGUCCUCGGAGGGAAAAGCUUGGCAACACAAAUAUCUGAAAAAUUCGUCUCACUCUCUGGGGGAGUUCUUUUCAUUGUUUUUGGAAUCCAAUCAUUUCUCUCAUCAGUUGAGUCGUGAAAUUUAAAGAUUCACUAGAGACGAUCAAGAUAUUCGGUGAACAUGGACAGCUUUACAUUGUAGGGGGUAAACAAACUGAUAGGCAGAUCAGUCCAUCAAUUUGAUCCCAAGAAAUUUGGAAAACUGAACUGAGUUUACAUGCUUUUUCGAAUCUUAUCUUUUACAUUCAGCACACUCACCAAGUGUUUAGAAAUACAGGCACUACCAUUAUGCAGUGAUUGAAACAUUGAGUUCUUUUGAAGCCCGGUAGCGCAAAUUGUAUCAUCACAUGCUCAUCAAGAAAAGAUUAGAUAUA